GGAUGGAACUGGACUUUUUACACAUAUGAGGAAAUUAUUCUUUUCCUGUUAAGACAAAAGCCUCUACACAAGGCGUUAUUCUUAGGAUACUGUAUCUUUAUCACUUUCAUAUCGCCAGCUUUGACCAAAAACCAUAACAGCGUAAUCUUCAAGCUGAAAUUUAGGUCCAGAUGUUCAGCGUGCAGGGAAUACAAUAUGCAGCAGAGGUCUCUGUACAUGUGCAGUGUGACAUACAAUCCUCCCUCCUGCUCACAUUUGGAGUUGUUAGUUCCUCAGCAGCACACAUCCAGCCAUCAGUAGUGUGACAGUAAAGUCUGCCCGAGUGUGUAACAUCCAUGUUUCUCUAUAUGCUGGUCUUCAUGGCGUAUCAUAGCUGCAGAUGGAUACCAAGGAAUCAGAGGUUAAAAUUUCAAAUAGUCAAUGCAGUGUUCGUGGCACUUGUCCUGGUCCCUCAGUUCUACAUCAUGGGAAGGCCAACAUCCUCAAGAUACUGCAGGCAGCCUCUUCUGAACAACUUAUCUGCCUCAAUCGCCUUGUCUUUCAUAGCUCCAGGGUUUUCUGUGAUAUUCACAUUGAUAGACCCAGUUCCUCAGAGCUUGUGGGCCUCUUAUCAUGUGUUUGGGCUGCUGACAUGUGGACAAGGACUCUGCACGGCCAUCCUGACUCUGACAGCAGACGCAUGUGCCAGAACCACCCCGGAGCUGUACUACAUGUCCCUUAUUCUAACGGCUGCUUCUAUUUUCAGUACAGGUUUUUUCGUGGUGAGAGGAGGACUCUGGGUGAUUAACAGGAAGCUUGAGACGGACCCAAGCAGAAACAAUGAGCAGUAGAGCAGUCCAGCUGCCACACGUUGACAUCGGAUACGUCACACAUUAACAUUUCAUGUGGUUUCCAUGCCACCAGCAGCUGGUAACUUUAAACCAUGAGAAAGUGACUUAAUCCAUCUCAAGUUUGAAAUGUUCACUUCAGAAAAACAUCACACAGCAGGUGUUUCUCUCGAUUGUUGAAAGUUGUUUUGCUUUUUAUUGGUUUCAUGUACUAUAACUAGGGAUCAAUCAAUGGUCAUAGUGAGAGAAUGCUUA